AUGAAUAUAAGUAGUAUUAAGUGCCAUUUUGAUAAAUUGUUAGUAUUAUUAAGUACUUCAAUGGUUAAUUUUGAUAUUGUUAUUUUAUAUGAAACUUGGCUUUUAAAUGAUGUAAAUUGUAUUGUUAAUGUUCAUCAAUCCUUUAAUUCUCUUGCUGUAAAUAAUAAAUCAGAUGGUGUUACUAUCUUUAUUAAGAAUAGAUAUCUAGUCAAAAAUGUUUGUACUAACCUUAUGUCUAAUGUUAAUUCCAUUGAAUUCAAAUUUGAUAUCAAUGGUAUAGAGUUUGUUGUUAUGGGGUGUUAUAGGUCCCCUAGUGAUAAUAUUGAUGCAUUUUUAUAUUCUUUAAAUAAUUAUUUGACACAAAGUUCUGAUAUUAAAUAUCAUAUUAUUUGUGGUGAUUUUAAUAUUAAUAUUUUAAAAAGUAGUUAUCUAAAGGUUAUUAAUUAUUUAAAUAUUUUUGCUGGUUUUGAUUUUUAUUCUUGCAUUAAUAAUGUAACGAGACAAUCAAAUACUGCUGAUUCGUGCUUAGGUCAUUUCUUCAUUAAGAUAAUUUUACCUGGUAAUAUUAAAUCAUAUGUUUUCCUAUCUUCAAUUACAGAUCAUUUUAGUAUAAUCCUAUCUAUAAAACUUAAAUGUUAA